ACGCCACGUGCGGAUUCGAACCAUAUCACCAGCUCAGAAAUUGACCAUGUCUCUGGUUAGAAAAAAACAAAUCCAAACGCGAACAAACCUCUCUGUUGCUUUUGCAGGGCUCCAAAAUUCAGGCCCCAAGAGCAAGAGGAAGCAAAAACAACGAAAAGAAAACAUGGGGCGUGGAGUCAGCUGCGGUGGUGGAAAAAGCUCUUUGGGGUAUUUGUUUGGAGGUGGAGAGACUGCCACUGCUAACAAAACCCCAAAAACUACUAACAGCACACCACCUCCACCCCAGAAUGCUAGCCCAGCUCCUGCUCCUGCUCCUGCUCCUUCUCCAGCUCCUGCUUCGUCACCGAGCGGUAAGCAGCUUCCAGCCGGAAUUCACAGCAAGCCUACGAACAAUUACCUCCGAGUUGAUGGCCAGAACUGCGGAAAUUUCAUCACGGAUCGUCCAUCGACCAAGGUUCACGCGGCUCCCGGUGGCGGAUCAUCCCUUGGCUAUUUGUUUGGUGGUGGGAGUGGGAACUGAAACUUGCUUAUAUAGAAAUCACCACAAGCACUGAUAAUAUACACAAUUAUAUACAUAUAUGUAUGUAUAAUUCAGAAAUAUGAAUACCUACAUGCUCCAGAAAUGUCAUGUUUGCAAAUGUAAUGUUGUAUGAUGGAUAUAAAUUUGGCUACAAAUCCAAAUGCAAGUGCAUAAUGCACUGGUUCUGCAGUUCUUUGUC